UUGUCACAAAUCAAUCUUUUUCCUGCCCGCCGUCUCGUUCGGUUCUUUGAAUGUGUAGCACCGCUUCUACAAAAUGGCUGGAUUUCUCUCAUGGCUGUGGAGGUAUAGGAAUUAUCUUGUGAUAGUCCUCGCACCUCUGCUACUGCUGCCUCUGCCUCUUGUCAUACCCUCAUCGGAGGCAAAAUGUGGCUAUGUGAUCAUCCUGAUGGCGUUGUACUGGUGCACGGAAUGCAUCCCUCUGGCUGCCACGGCUCUGCUGCCUGUCAUUCUGUUCCCCAUGAUGAAGAUCAUGGAGUCAGAUGAGGUGUGUAUUCAGUACUUGAAAGACUCCAACAUGCUCUUCAUUGGUGGCUUGCUGGUGGCCAUCGCUGUGGAGCACUGGAACCUGCACAAGAGGAUCGCCCUCAAGGUUCUGAUUUUUGUUGGGGUCAAGCCUUCGCUCCUGAUGAUCGGCUUCAUGGGCACCACGGCCUUCCUGUCCAUGUGGAUCAGUAACACAGCCUCCACGGCCAUGAUGCUGCCCAUCGCCAACGCCGUGCUGCUGCAGCUCAACGGCUCUGAGGCCAACGCCGAAAAGAGAGCUCAUGCGCUCAGUACCAAGGACGGCCUGGAGAACCAGAGCUUUGAGAUGAGCGAGAGCAAUGAAAGCAAACCAAAUGGUAGCACCGUCAACAUGGAUGCAGUGGUCAUGGAUGAGACGGAAAAUGAUAUAUCAAAAGUUGGAGUGUGCAGCACAGAGACAAUGGAGCAGAAAAGAAUCAAGAGGGAGCAGAGGUACACGAAGCUGACCAAAGGCAUGAGUCUGAGCGUGUGUUACGCUGCAAGCAUCGGAGGGACCGCGACCCUCACUGGAACUACGCCCAAUGUCAUCCUGAUGGGCCAGAUUGAUAAACUAUUUCCAGACAACGGCGGGAUAAUCAAUUUCGCCAGCUGGUUUGGCUUUGCAUUCCCCAACAUGAUUUUAAUGCUGGUAUUAACGUGGCUUUGGCUGCAGUUCAUUUUUCUGGGCUUUAACUUCAGAAAGACAUUUGGAUGUGGCGUAAAAAGCGCAGGCGAUAAGGAGGCCUACCAGGUAAUCAAAGAUGAGUACAAAAAGUUGGGCAAGAUGAGCUUCGCUGAGGCCAGUGUGCUGGUUAUCUUCACGCUGCUGGUUCUUCUGUGGUUUACCAGGGAGCCUGGCUUCAUACCAGGCUGGGCCACUGUUCUCUUCAACCAAAACAAAAAGUACGUGACAGAUGGCACCGUGGCCAUACUCAUGUCGGCACUGUUCUUCUGCAUCCCCUCCAGACUUCCAAGACGGGGCCGCAGGUCUGAUGACGAAGCUAAUGAAGCUCCAUGUCCACUGCUAACUUGGGAUGUGGUCCAUCAGAAGAUGCCGUGGGACAUCAUUUUGCUCCUGGGAGGAGGCUUCGCUUUGGCCCAUGGCAGUGAGGUGUCUGGACUUUCCAAAUGGUUGGGGGACAGUCUCAUACCGCUGCAGAGCAUCCCUCCUUUUGCCAUCUCCAUUGUGUUGUGUCUGAUGGUGGCCAUGUUCACGGAAUGUUCCAGCAACACCGCCACCACCACUCUGUUCCUACCAAUACUCGGCGCCAUGGCCGUCGCCAUUAAAAUCCAUCCACUGUACGUGAUGUUCCCCUGCACCAUCGCUGCCUCCCUGGCGUUCAUGCUGCCUGUAGCCACGCCCCCCAACGCCAUCGCUUUCUCCUAUGGCAACCUUAAAGUCAUGGACAUGGCCAGGGCUGGAUUCAUCCUGAAUUUCAUCGGCGUCAUCACCAUCAACAUUGGUAUUAACACUUGGGGCGUGGCCAUGUUCCAGCUCAACACAUUCCCCAGUUGGGCAAAUGUUACCAAAGAUCCUUGAAUAGGACUCCAUGAGAGAAAACAACAACAACAACAACAAACAGCAGCAAACACUUCUCUUAGAUGAUCAACGUCUGAUCAGUAGUUUAUUGAACACCAAAUGGACAUGCUGCCUAUGAACUUUUUUUUUUUUCCCCUCUAGUGUUGUUCACUCAAAUGAGCUCGAUUCAACGGAAUAAAUCACGAUCUGCAGAGUUAGUCAUGCAGGUUACAACUCGAUGCUACUAAAGUCAUAAAUAAAAUGUAAGUAUUUCAUAUCUGAUGCAACCUUCAUGUCAUCAGACCUGUAACUAUCCUGUGUUCUUUUCCCUUCCGUACUCCAUUUAAUCAUCUGAAGAUCAACAGUAGGUUUAUUAUUGUGCUAACGGGAGUGUCGAGACAUUUUGUUAUCAAAAACAUCUUAGAUUUGAUGAAGUGCACCUCCAUACUAAUACAAAUAUGCUGAUAUAAAUAUAAACCAGGGAUUUAUGCUGCCGAUUCCGAUCAUCCAUGACUGAGAUCGGCCGAUAACAAUACAGAUACCAAUCACAUGUAUUAACUGUAAAUGUUUCGAUUUAUUUAUGGUGAGUCCGAUUGACUGUUUUACAAUAUCAACGCAAUAAUACAAUUUUCUUUUUUUCUUACA